AUGCCUCCUCAUUUUCGUGUCGCGCAUGCCAAAUUGAAAGAGCUCCCCUUCCUCUUCGAUAUCCCGGGCAUCACCCUCACGGUGUGUGCGUUGGUAUGUCUGGUAUUAGUACUAGAGAACGGCGGUGUCAACAAGCCCUGGAACACCAGCUACUGUAUUGGACUUCUCAUUGGAUUUAUCCUGAUCGUUAUUUUGCUUAUCGCGCUAGAAUGGAAGCAAGGUGAAGGGGCCAUGAUCGUUCCUAGGAUAAUCAAGCGCCGAACCGUUCUCGUCCUUGCGCUGUUCAACUUGACAGCACAGGGCUCUGGAUUCGCCCGCAUUUAUAACCUUCCCAUUUACUUCCAAGCAGCCCAAGGCCAGUCACCCUCAGAGUCGGGGAUUCGAACACUGCCUACAGUGUUGUCAACCUCCAUUUUCAGCCUCGCUGGUUCCCUUGCUAUCGGCAAGGUGGGCUACUACCAGCCCUUCCUUAUGUUGGGUUCCAUGUUUGUGACGAUAGGAUCCGCUAUGAUCUACACCCUGGAGCCGAACUCUGGGGCAGGCAAAUACAUUAGCUAUCAGGUGCUGGCGUCAAUUGGGUCGGGGCUCAUCAUCCAGCUCAACGUCAUUGUGGCUCAGGCAAUAUCCAAGCGGGCGGACAUGUCUGUCACCGUGGGCUCUGUUUUAUUCUUCCAAUUCAUUGGCGGUACUAUCGGUGUUUCAGCUUCUACGAAUAUAAUGAACAACGUCCUCAUUUCCUCGCUGCCAACAGAUAGCCCGGUAUCUGCUUCUGAUGUGCUUGCCGCUGGUUCAACCAAUCUGACCAAGAUAUUCCCGAAUGCUGCGGAUCUAAAUAUCGUUGUUAACGCCUACAUGAAAGGACUAAAGGCCGCCUGGAUCUGGAGUAUUGCCCUAGCCGGAGUGUCCUUCUUGGUCUCCCUCGCCGCAGAGCGCAAGAGUGUACGGCUGGACCAUGUUAAAAAGAGAGCCGAGAAGAAAGCUGCGGCUGAGGCUGCGACUCCUUGA